CUCCGGGCCGGGCAGUGGCCAUGCGGCGAGCGGAGCUGGCGGCCGAGACCGCGCUGCGGGCGCUGCUCCUCGCCACCUUCGGGAUCAUGGAGUUCCUGCCGCCCUUCCAGCGCGUGCUGCAGCCCGAGGAGAUGUGGCUCUACAAAAACCCCUACGUUGAAGUGGACCGUGUUCCCACACUCCUCAUGUUCGUAAGUGCGUUCAUCGCAUUUCUGUCUCCCUUGUUGCUCAUCAUCCUGGCGAGGCUGUUCAUGGGCGCAGACCACGAGGACACGAGGGAAGCCUGCCUUGCUGCCAGCCUUGCUCUUGCCCUGAACGGGGUUUUCACGAAUGCCCUGAAGCUCGUUGUGGGCAGGCCACGGCCCGACUUCUUUGACCGCUGCUUCCCGGACGGGCGAGCCAACGCCGAGCUGGUGUGCACAGGAGACGCGCGCAGGGUGACGGAGGGCCGGAAGAGCUUCCCCAGCGGACACGCUUCCUUUGCCUUCGCUGGUCUUGCCUUCUCCGCCUUCUACCUGGCAGGGAAGCUGCACAGCUUCGUUCCGGGCCGGGGGGGCCGGGCCCUGCGCUUCUGUGCCUUCCUCCUCCCCCUCUUCCUGGCCACCCUCAUCGCCGUGUCCCGCAUCUGCGACUACAAGCACCACUGGGAAGAUGUGUUGGUUGGCUCAGCCAUGGGCUCGGUGCUCGCAUACCUGUGCUACAGGCAGUACUACCCUCCCCUGACAGACUCCGUGUGCCACAAACCAUCUCUGGCCAAGCCCAAGCCGCUGCCUGCGCAUGAGGAGAAGCCUCCGGGUCCCAGCUUCCACAUGGACAUAUAGUGACGGGCUGGGGCUGUGUUCUGCUGCUCCCUGGGUGCCAGGGCAGCCAAGGCUUGGGGGAGGCUGCUCGGGAGAAGUGGCUCCACUGAGGAUGAGCCCCUGGGCAGGUGUUCCCUGCUGAGCUGGUGAGUUUCCUGCCCUGGCCCUUGUGCUGCUUCAUUUAAUUCAAUUUUGUAGGCCAGCCCCUCUUCACGCCCACUGUGGAGCGAGGGAGGCACUCGGGAUGCCAGCCUGUGGGAAGACAGCUGGGGUAUGAAGGUCCUGACCAAGAACUGGGAAAAUGUGACCGCCCCGUGUGCCCAGUCUGGUGGGAGUUCUGGUGUCCAGUCCAGGAAGCACCACUGGUCACCUCCCUGCAAUCCAGCCGAGCUGGCCCAGCUCUUCUCCUGGGAAAUGAAGUGCAGUAUCUGCCAACUCUGAACUUUUCUAAUUCCCAAAUAAAGGAGUUUAAUUUUUGUAAUGA